AUGGACCAUGAAAGUGUAUGUAAUAAACCAGUUAUGACCACUAAUAUUCAACCACUUGAGUCGAUGUUUGAGUUUUCUAAGGGUUGGGCACUCAAAAGUAAUCAGAAAUAUGAUCAUAAAGGCAGUGGCAACCAUAUGUCUAUACAAAUUACUAAUUUGUUAGAAAGAGAAGCUAAUAAAACAAAAGGAUAUACAGCUAUAACGAUAUUGGAAGAGUUAAAUAAUAUGGCGAAUGAAGGUCAAUUUGAUAAAUUUGAAGUUCCAAAACUCCAAGCUAUUCGUGGAUAG